AUGGCAUUCAAAUUUGUAGUAUUCGCCGCCUUUGUGGCUGUAGCCCGUGCCGGAGCUAUCGGUUAUGCCGCCGCCCCAGCUGUAGCCACCUCCUACUCUUCCAUCGCUCACUCUGCUCCAGUUGUGGCCAAAUACGCCGCCUCUCCAGUCUACACUCAAUCCUACACCGCCCCAGCUUACUCUCACGGAUACGCCACCCCCGCCGUAGCCGCCUACUCCGCUCCAGUCGCCUACGCUCCAGUCCACAAGACAAUCAUCGCCGAACCAGAAGCACCAGCUCACUACGACUUCGGUUACUCCGUAAACGACCCACACACCGGAGACAGCAAAUCCCAACAAGAAUCCCGCCAAGGAGAUGUCGUCCACGGAAGCUACUCCCUCAUCGAUGCUGACGGUACCAAGAGAACCGUAGAAUACACCGCUGAUGACCACAACGGAUUCAACGCCGUAGUACACAAAGAACCUGCCCAAGUAGCCGUCAAAACCGUAGCUAAAGUAGCCGUAGCUGCUCCAGUAUACGCUAAAGUGGCCGCUCCAGUCGCUCACUAUGCCGCUAGUCCAGCUCUUUCCUACGCUGCCCCAGCUCACUCUUACUACCACUAA